AUGGCUGCAAUGUCCAUUUCAGCAUCAUUCCCGACUUGUGCCGGACCUGAUUGCCUGCAGGAUGGUUCAUCGAAGUCAUUUGUGUUCUUCCUCGGCCUAUACAUGAUGGCCAUUGGAGCUGGCGGGAUGAAGCCCUGUGUUUUAUCAUUUGGCGCUGACCAAUUCGAUGACAGCAGCCCAGCCGAGAGGCUGAAGAAGGAUUCCUUCUUUAACUGGUUCUUCUUCGCCAUCUACAUCGGCAGCUUCGUCUCGGGCACCGUCGUUGUGUGGGCGCAAGAUCAUUUCGGGUGGGUGGUUGGCCUCUGGAUCCCGACCCUGUUUAUCGCGUUGGCCAUCGCGAGCUUCGUGUUGGGUUCGAGUUCAUACACGGUCCAGAAACCCAUGGGGAGUCCAAUCGUCAGAGCUUUCCAAGUCAUUGUUGCAGCUAUCCGGAAAUGGGAUGUUAGAUUGCCGAAUGACGACUCUCUCCUCCACGAGUUACUACAAGAGAAGACAUCAAUGGCGGAUGGCGAUAAACUGCAGCAUACACCAGUGCUAAGGUCCUUGCCUGAACCUGCUGUGAUUUGUGAACGCUCUUUUCAUUCUCAGGUCCGGUCCUUAGAUGUAACUAACAAGUUUGUUUUGAGCAGAUUCCUUGACAAGGCUGCAGUGAUCUCAUCAGCCGAGGAGCUGGCUGAUCCAUGGAGGCUCUGCACCGUCACGCAGGUACAAGAACUGAAGGUGAUCAUCGGAAUGCUUCCCAUCUGGGCCACCGGGAUCGUAUACUUCGCCGUGCUCGCGCAGUUCUCCUCGACGUUCCUGGAGCAAGGCAGGACGAUGGACAAGCUGGUCGGCGCGUUCGCCAUCCCGCCAGCGUCCCUGGCGUCGUUCGACGCAGUCAGUGUCAUUUUCUGGGUGCCCAUCUACGACAAGGUCCUCGUGCCCGCAGCCAGGCGACUCACCGGCAGGGAAAGGGGCCUCUCGGAGCUGCAGCGCUUCGGCACUGGCCUGAUCCUGUCCGUCCUGGUGAUGACAGCCGCGGCGCUGGUCGAGACGCGGCGCCUGGCGCUGGCGGCCGCGCACGGCGAGGGCGAGGUGCCCAUGAGCAUCCUGUGGCAGGUGCCCCAGUACUUCCUGAUCGGCGCCAGCGUCGUGUUCGCGUGCGUCGGGCAGACGGAGUUCUUCUACAACGAGGCUCCAGCGUCGAUGCGGAGCCUGUGCUCGGCGCUAGGGCUGCUGGCCGUGGCGCUCGGGAGCUACCUGAGCUCGCUCGUGGUGACCACGGUGGCAUGGCUCACGACGAGGGGCGGCGAGCCCGGGUGGAUACCCGAUGACCUCAACGACGGCCACCUCGAUCGCUUCUUUUGGCUCCUCGCGGCGCUCAGCUCGCUCAACCUGGCGGUUUUCGUGUGCUGCGCGAGGCGGUACAGGCGCAAGAGCGCUUACUAG